AUGCGUGCCUCUACAUUCUUCGCUGUCCUCGCCUCGGCGCUUUGCGUCUCUGCUGCGGCCAUCCCAGUUGCUCAGGAUGGCAACGAUCUUGGAAGCAUCCUUGGUAGCACCUUGGGCUCUGUCACAGGCACGUUGAACGGCUCUGGCAAUGGCGCCGGUGCAGGUGCAGGAUCCGGCGACGGAAACGGCUCAGGAUCUGGCAACUCGGCUGGCAACGGCAACUCCGCAGGCGACGGAAACUCUGCAGGCAACGACAAUGGCAACGGAAACUCUGCUGGCAAUGGCAGCGGCAACGGCAACAACCUGGGCAACAUCAACGUAAGUCCGACGAUAACCAUUCUGUGA